UUAGAAUUUAAUCCGAGAGAAGAGGGAGAGAGUCUGGACGAUUCAGCGGGUCACGUCCAAACUGGAAGAAAGAGAGAGAAAACAAAACAAAACGAAGAGGCAUUUAACUGGAGCAAAAAUAGACUAGAACCACAGAUGAGUGCUUUGUGUUGUAUAAGUAAUAGCUUCGGUUUUGGGAAAUUAGACUUUUCUCUAUACUACUUGCAAGAUUUUUCUUGUAUUUCCUUGCUUCGUUGAUUCAUCCCUGACUGAAAAUUGACAAGCAGCUGGGCAACUACCAAACGAAGGACAGAUACGGAAGGAAAAUACAAGUUUAGGGUUAAAGCGGGCUCCCCUUUCCCCUCCCCUUUCAGAGUUAAACUGUUAAAUGCAAUAUAGACAUCGCAUCCCAUUUUGGGUUGUCCUGUGUCUGACAACGAAUAUUAGCCACAUUGGUAAUAGCAAAACGUAGCUAGCAGAGGUUGCUAGCUGAAUUAACUAGCUAUCGCUAGCUAGCUACGCGGAGGAAUUAUUUUUUCGAACCAGAGGAAAUUUCAAGAUGUCUGGAAAAGAGCAGAACAAACAGUCAACCACCGAAAGGCUUGUCAAAGCGGUGCCGUACCCUCCUACUACGCGCCUGUCCAUGAAGGAGCUGUACGAGGAUGGCAAGCCCAAGGUGGAGCUGCUGAAGAGCCACCUGGUGAAGGAGGGCCGUCUGGAGGAGGAGGCCGCGCUGCGCAUCAUCAACGACGGCGCCGCCAUCCUGCGGCAGGAGAAGUGCAUGCUGGAGGUGGAGGCACCCAUCACAGUGUGUGGGGACGUUCACGGCCAGUUCUUUGACUUGAUGAAGCUGUUUGAGGUGGGCGGCUCCCCCAACAACACACGCUAUCUCUUCCUGGGGGACUACGUGGACCGAGGCUACUUCAGUAUCGAGUGUGUGCUCUUUCUGUGGUGCCUGAAGAUCAACCACCCCAACACUCUCUUCCUCCUCAGAGGCAAUCACGAGUGCCGGCAUCUCACAGAGUACUUCACCUUCAAACAGGAGUGUAAGAUUAAGUACUCGGAGCGUGUGUAUGACGCAUGCAUGGACGCUUUCGACUGCCUGCCACUGGCUGCAUUGCUCAACCAGCAGUUCCUGUGCGUGCAUGGAGGCCUGUCCCCAGAGAUCACCUGCCUGGAUGACAUUCGGAAGUUAGACCGAUUCAAAGAGCCCCCGGCGUUUGGGCCCAUGUGUGACCUGCUGUGGUCAGACCCUGGCGAGGACUAUGGAAGCGAGAAAACAGCUGAGCACUUCUGUCACAACAGCGUCCGUGGCUGUUCUUACUUCUACAGUUACCCAGCGGUAUGUGACUUCCUGAUGAAUAACAACCUGUUGUCCAUAAUAAGAGCACACGAAGCCCAGGAUGCCGGGUACCGAAUGUACAGAAAAAGCCAGACGACAGGUUUUCCUUCAUUAAUCACAAUCUUCUCCGCACCAAACUACUUAGAUGUCUACAACAACAAAGCUGCUGUUUUGAAAUAUGAGAACAACGUCAUGAAUAUCCGACAGUUCAACUGCUCCCCGCAUCCUUACUGGCUGCCCAACUUCAUGGACGUGUUCACGUGGUCACUGCCCUUCGUGGGAGAGAAAGUGACAGAGAUGCUGGUGAACGUGCUGAACAUCUGCUCCGAUGACGAGCUCAUGUCGGAGGGAGACGACACCUGUGAAGAGGGUGGAACUCCAGCUGUGCGUAAGGAGGUGAUCAGAAAUAAGAUCCGUGCCAUUGGCAAGAUGGCCCGCGUCUUCUCUGUACUCAGAGAGGAGAAUGAGAGUGUGUUAACAUUGAAGGGACUGACCCCCACUGGCACAUUGCCGCUGGGAGUCCUGUCCGGAGGCCGCCAGACCCUGCAGAGCGCCACCGUAGAAGCUGAGGAGGCACGAGCUAUUCAAGGCUUCAACCCGCAGCAUAAGAUCCAGAGCUUUGAGGAGGCCCGCGGCUUGGACCGGAUAAACGAGAGAAUGCCGCCACGCAAGGAUGGCAAGCAGCCGGACGGCACUGCCAAUUCCAUCAACGCCGCCAACUCCCCCGACAAAAACGGCACCAACGCACAAGCAUAGUGCCCACUCAUCCCAACCUGCUCUGCUCCCCCCCCACUACCACCCCUCCUCCUCCUCCUCCUCCUCCUCCUCCUCCCCCCCAUCUCUCUCCCUUCCCUCUCACUCCUCUGGGUGGAUUUGGCACCCCCUGCAGGCAAACUGCCAUAGUACAGAUUUGGGGGGAGGGGGGAAUUGCACAACACCAUGACCAGAGAAUAGACCAGACAAAAAGAAAAUCAUGGUUUUAUUUAUUUAUUGAUCCUAAUAAGAAGGAAGAUUAAUGCUGAUGCGUAAUAAUUAAGAAUAAACAUGAAUGAAUAAAUAAAUAAAUACAUUGUAUUCUCAAAUGUAUAUAAAUGCAGUACAUAGAUAUAGACAAACAGACAUGUAUUACAAAAAAAGAUCAGGUUGGGUCGUGGUCAGGCCAGCCUGAAUGGUCAUUGACAAACUCCAUUUUGUAACUUUCGGUUGAUACAAUCUGCGGUUUAUUUCCUCCUCUUCUCAACCCCGAACUAGUUCAGCAGAGUUUCUCCUGUGUUGUCUGCGUGCUUGGCAGGGAACCGUUGGCACAGUACCUCUCUAGUACCUGCAUGUGCGUGUGGCCGUUUUAGUGCGCGGGGUGGCUACCGUGGCUGGGGAGGGGGAACGAAACGUAAUCUCCAUUUGCUUGUAACGUUUAACCGGAAGAGGAGAAAGAUGAUGCCAAUACUAGCUCAGGGGGGGGAGCAGACUGAAGCCUCUGUUGACACAUGUAUUUCAUGUAUUUGUAUAUUUUUAAGCGUUCCCUCACUCGGAUGUGAUGUCUCUCUGUUUUCUCUCUUACUUUCAUCUUUUUUUGGGUUCCGUUUUUUUGUUUUGUUUGUUUGUUAUUUUACUUUGAGUCUGAAUUGACAACAAAGACCCCAGUUAGGUACCAAUGAGCAAGCAAACUCUGCUUUUAGUCAAUAAUUAGUAUAAGCUUUUAUAUAUACAUAUAUUGGGAAUGAUGUUUGGUCAUCCACCACAGCUGUUCUAAAGUGAGUCAGACUGGCCGACUCUGUGUGUUUAGAGAUGCCUUUUAUUGUGGUACUCUGGUCAGUUGCAGCUGGAGACUGCUGGCUGUCUGGCUUUUUGAUAGCCUCUGAAUCCUCGCCCUUUCAUAGUGAUCUUGCUGAGGGAGUAAGUGCUAUUGGCACACAAAAAAAACGGGAUAUUCUAAUUAGUUGCUCUUGGUUACUUUGUGUCAGACCCCUGUGUUACACACCAAACUAGCGGGCUGGUUGAGGUUGUUAGGAUUCAGCAGAAAUGUCCCCCUCCAUCUGCAGGUCAACCCUGAUACAGUUUAUCCCCGAACCUAACAGCUGUUCCACCACUUGCGCUCUCUCUGGGCAGAAGGUCACCUUGAGAGCACAGCCCCUCCCUUUACCUCCCUCCUGCAAGCAAUCGUACAGUCGAGGUUGUGUGCCGCGUACUGCCUCGUACACCCACCUCCAAAAACUGAUGUUGAGGGGACCUCACAGAGGCUCACCCUCUCAGGCGGUCUCUCUGCAACCCCAGCAGUGUCCAGCCAGGGCAUCCUCAGUACCACCGAGUCUAGUAAGGCCUCUCUGUCCAUUGCCACACUGAGAUCCAUUUUUGUAGUUGUUCUUCUGUUGGCCGUGAGACCCAUACUAAAAAGGGAUGCAUUACCACCCCAACGGGCUCCUGGGUUCUCAUCGCAGAGCUUUGUUAGGAAUGUUUCUCAUCCAAAGAAAAAGAAAAUCAGUGUUUUCAUUUGUACUAUAAUGUAAAGUCUGUACCAUCAAUAGAGGAGCUAUAUUUAAAAAAAAAAAAAGGAAAAAAAGUCAGUGCUUUUGGAGGGAGAGCACUCAAAAUCAGUCCUGUAGAUUUGUGUAAUCAUGAGUAAGAUAAUGCAUUUUCAGCUCUUGAAUUAUAUUGUACUUUUUAUUUUUUGUGUUUUAAA